UUUUGAUUCUUGAUUGUCAAAAAUUCUGCAGUGUCGGCUUGGUAUUACGAGUUUUACAUUUUUUUUGGAAAUUUUGUUCGAAAAUUCUCAGCAGUAACUCUUAAAAUGAAACUUAGGCCAUAAAAUAUAUUUGGUGGACACUACCAGACCGUGCAGUUUCUAUUUCAAACAAGUUAUAGGUCGGAGAUUUCCGUGAAAACAUUUAUUACCGCGCGGGGAAAUUUCAAAGCAAACAGUUGAAAAUGGAUUUUUUCCGUAGCUCUAGUUUCAACCAAGAAACGGCUUCGCUUUUCAUGGACGAAAAGAUUGCAUCUGCCCGUGGAAAGAUCAUCGAAGCUUUGAACGAAUCCUUGACGGCCAACACCACCCAGAAGUGUGAAAUCAUUGCCAAAGUCCAGGAACUGAUAAUUCACUCGGAUGCCGAGCUGCUGUUAGAGUUUUUGGAUAAUAUACUGGCAUUUGCACAUGACUCCAACCAGGAGGUGCGAAAGUCGGUUGCCGGAUUCAUCGAAGAAGUUUGCAAAUCCAACAUUAGCUUGCUCCCUAAAGUGGUUCACAUAUUGUUCGCUCUGCUGAGGGACACGGCUCCGAGUGUGACCAAAAGAGUGAUUCAAGGAUGUGGUGCGAUCUACAAACAGGCCUUGCAAUGGAUCUGCUCUCUGUCGGAUAUUACGGAGGAAGUUGAGCAAGCCUGGAACACGUUGUGUCUGAUCAAGGCCUCGAUUUUGGAUAUGAUUGAUAACGAUAAUGACGGCAUUCGGACGAAUGCUAUUAAGUUCCUUGAAGGAGUGGUCAUUCUGCAGACGUACCCAGAUGAAGACAGCAUGAAAAGGGAGAACGAUUUCUCCCUGGAGAAUAUUCCGUUGACGUUGAAAAUUGCUCGAAGGCGAAAACUGGAAGACGAAGCUGGCCACAUUUUUGAGUUGCUGAUUCAGUUUCAUGCCGCUUCUUAUAUUUCUCUUGUGAAUCUUAUCGCUUGUACGGGUACGCUCUGUAUCAUAGCCAAGAUGCGUCCGUCCAUGAUGAAUCAAGUAGUGGAAGCUCUAUCGAAUCUACACUCAAACUUGCCACCAACACUGUCGAAUUCUCAGGUGAGCUCUUUGCGGAAGAAAUUGAAAAUGGAGUUCUUGAACCUGCUGAAACACCCGGCUUGCUACGAACAUCAAACCACCAUCGUUCAAAUUCUGCAGGAUCUCGGCGCCUCAAACAGUGAAAUCGGUCGAGCAAUUCCGAAGCUUGAUAAACGCGAACAGCAGCGUCGAGCCAAGCGAGCGCGAGACAGCUCAAUGUCUUCUCAGUUGGCAGCAAAGAAAGCGAAAUUGAGCGAACAUAUGCGUCGUGAGAAGGAGCGAUCGGCUGCUGCUGCCGCUGCAGUGUCUUCGGAACCACGUCAAAUGGAAAUCGAUUACGACGAAUUGAACGAACAGAAGGCCCGAUCCAAUGUCCUGAACGAACAGUUCUUGAACGACAAUCUUAAAAAAGUUGAAGUUGUUGCCCAGUUGGUGUUGAACAAUUUGACCAAGCUGCCGCCGGAACCUCCGCAGCAAUUCGCGCAGAAUUACUCUUCGAUGCCGGCCAACACCACCGUCCCGCAGCAAAUUCAGAAGAUCGCCCAAGUUUUCGCACAACAGAUGACCGACGUACGGGUUGGGCCAGGUUCGUCUGCCAUGACUAAGGAACCACCGAUGAGACCGAAGAUCAGCGACGAUGAAGAGCGGAGUAUCAUUCAGGGUUUCCAGAAAAACCUUCAGAAAUUGAAAAAUGGAGGAAGAUAAUGGGACAUGAUGAGUUUUUAAUGCAAUCAUACAUUGACUAGUCUGGAGUCUGGACUAAUCAAAGAUUCUGAACUGAAACAAUAUUAUGCUAACAUAAAUUUGUUAUGUGUAAAACAACUUUACAUAGUUAUUAUAUAAAAACUGUUUCCAAUGUCAAUUUAUUUAUAUUCUCACGAAAUCAAUGAAAGCCAAUGAGUGGAAACGCU